AUGGCGACGUCUCUCGGGGUGCAGCCAUGGUCUUCUUUUGAUGUGAGGUGCUCUAGCUCCUCCUCUCCCCCUAAAUCGGCCUCUGAUGAACUGUUGGAGGUUAAGUUGUUGUUGAACGACUUCUGGAUUCAGUAUUCCUCUUCAACCAUGCUUCUAAUAAGGACCUUGGUGUUGUUUGCAUCGGCAACCGCCAUCUCUGGACAAAACCACAUCAUGAGAGCGUGCGGUCGCCGUCUGGCGGAUCUGCUUGACUUCGUGUGCACAGGAAGAGGCUUCUACACACAAAACACGAGGGAUUUGCCAUUGCUUCAGAAGAGAUCGGCCGUACAAUAUUUGUCCAAAAGGAGCUCAUUUCGCGCAGCGAACGGCAAUGGAGUGGUGGACGAGUGUUGUUACGAGCAAUGCUCUCUGGAGCACUUGGAGAUGUACUGCGCUGUCCCCAGAGGCGAAUACCUCAUAAAUCCUACAAAUGCACCCUUGAGUGACAGUAUGGCCAAAGCAUUCAUGGAGAGUGAAUCAAUGAAUGUUUUUACAUCAGUCUCCGGUGGAUCACAACAUGCGACCACCACAGAGGUAACAACAACCACACAGAGAGCACCGACAACAACCACGACAAAGGCCCCUGAAACCCAGGCACCGAGAUUUACAGGGGCGGCAAUGCGAACUGCUCAUAACACAAAGUUUCAGUCUAAGGAAUCUGGUUUUCAAGCAUUGGUCAACGUUAUUAGCAAAGGACUAGCAAAGCCCCGUGGUCGUGGUAACUUCAUCUGGAUACGGCCAACGUACAUAGAAGAUGGCACAUCGAGUGUAUAUGCCACAAUAAAGGAUGCCACAUCGAGUGUAUACGCCACAAUAGAAGAUGCCACAUCGAGUGUAUACGCCACCAUAGAAGAUGGCACAUCGAGUGUAUACACCACCAUAGAAGAUGCCACAUCGAGUAUAUACGCCACCAUAGAAGAUGCCACAUCGAGUGUAUACGCCACCAGAGAAGAUGCCACAUCGAGUGUAUAUGCCACCAUAGAAGAUGCCACAUCGAGUGUAUACGCCACCAUAGAAGAUGCCACAUCGAGCGUAUACGCCACCAUAGAAGAUGCCACAUCGAGCGUAUAUGCCACAAUAAAGGAAGCCACAUGGAGUGUAUAUGCCACCAUAGAAGAUGCCACAUCGAGUGUAUAUGCCACAAUAAAGGAUGCCCCAUCGAGUGUAUACGCCACCAUAGAAGAUGCCACAUCGAGUAUAUACGCCACCAAAGAGGAUGCCACAUCGAGUGUAUACGCCACCAUAGAAGAUGCCACAUCGAGUGUAUACGCCACAAUAAAGGAUGCCACAUCGAGCGUAUAUGCCACAAUAAAGGAUGCCACAUCGAGUGUAUAUGCAUCCAUAGAAGAUGCCACAUCGAGUGUAUAUGCCACCAUAGAAGAUGCCACAUCGAGUGUAUACGCCACCACAGAAGAUGCCACAUCGAGUGUAUACGCCACCAUAGAAGAUGCCACAUCGAGUGUAUAUAGCACCAUAGAAGAUGCCAUAUCGAGUGUAUACGCCACCAUAGAAUAUGCCACAUCGAGUGUAUAUGCCACAAUAAAGGAUGCCACAUCGAGUGUAUAUGCCACCAUAGAAGAUGCCACAUCGAGUGUAUAUGCCACAAUAAAGGAUGCCACAUCGAGUGUAUACGCCACCAAAGAAGAUGCCACAUCGAGUGUAUAUGCCACAAUGAAGGAUGCCACAUCGAGUGUAUACGCCACCAUAGAAGAUGCCACAUCGAGUGUAUACGCCACCAUAGAAGAUGCCACAUCGAGUGUAUAUGCCACAAUAAAGGAUGCCACAUCGAGUGUAUAUGCCACAAUAAAGGAUGCCACAUCGAGUGUAUACGCCACCACAGAAGAUGCCACAUGGAGUGUAUACGCCACCAUAGAAGAUGCCACAUCGAGUGUAUACGUCACCAUAGAAACUGCCACAUCAAGUGUACACGCCACCACAGAAGAUGCCACAUCGAGUGUUUACGCCACCAUAGAAACUGCCACAUCGAAUGUAUACGCCACCACAGAAGAUGCCACAUCGAGUGUAUACGCCACCAUAGAAUAUGCCACAUCGAGUGUAUACGCCACCAAAGAAGAUGCCACAUCGAGUGUAUAUGCCACAAUAAAGGAUGCCACAUCGAGUGUAUACGCCACCAUAGAAGAUGCCACAUCAAGUGCAUACGCCAUCACAGAAGAUGCCACAUCGAGUGUAUACGCCACCAUAGAAGAUGCCACAUCGAGUGUAUAUAGCACCAUAGAAGAUGCCAAAUCGAGUGUAUACGCCACCAUAGAAGAUGCCACAUCGAGUGUAUAUGCCACAAUAAAGGAUGCCACAUCGAGUGUAUAUGCCACCAUAGAAGAUGCCACAUCGAGUGUAUAUGCCACAAUAAAGGAUGCCACAUCGAGUGUAUACGCCACCAUAGAAGAUGCCACAUCGAGGGUAUACGCCACCAUAGAAGAUGCCACAUCGAGUGUAUAUGCCACAAUAAAGGAUGCCACAUCGAGUGUAUAUGCCACAAUAAAGGAUGCCACAUCGAGUGUAUACGCCACCAUAGAAGAUGCCACAUCGAGUGUAUACGCCAACAUAGAAGAUGCCACAUCGAGUGUAUACGCCACCAUAGAAGAUGCCACAUCAAGUGUAUACACCACCACAGAAAAUGCCACAUCGAGUGUAUACGCCACCAUAGAAGAUGCCACAUCAAGUGUAUAUGCCACCAUAGAAGAUGCCACAUCGAGUGUAUACGCCACCAUAGAAGAUGCCACAUCAAGUGUAUAUACCACCAUAGAAGAUGUCACAUCGAGUGUAUACGCCACCAUAGAAGAUGCCACAUCGAGUGUAUAUGCCACAGUAAAGGAUGCCACAUCGAGUGCAUAUGCCACCAUAAAAGAUGCAACAUCGAUUUUAUAUGCCACAAUAAAAUAUGCCACCUCGAGUUUAUAUGCCACUAUAGAUGAUGCACAUCGAGUGUUUAUGCCACAAUAG